ACAUGGGACAAGGGAGGAGUUGUGAUGACUUUAGUUGGUGCUUACACUCCAGCGCCCAACUGACUGUCAUUAUACAAGCUGGUGGGGGUUCUAGGAGACACUACAGAGCUGCCCCUUAAGUUCUGGGUAACAAUGAUGCCUCUUUUGUACAGAGGUCUGUUCCUCAUGUUACUGGUCUCGUCUACAAGCUGCGCCUCCAUCUGCUCUUCCCGAGGGGUGAGCUCCUGCCAGCAAUGCCUAGCUGUCAGCCCAAUAUGUGCAUGGUGUUCACAGGAGAACUAUGGACAAGGGGCUUCUCGCUGUGAUAUUAAGUCAGCUCUUGUAAGUCACGGUUGUCUCCUAGAAUACAUUGAAUACCCUGUCAGUGAAGUCAGCCUUACAGACAACCAGCCACUGAGUGACAAGGGGUCAGGUGGGGAAACCGAAAAGAUCACCCAGAUGACGCCACAGAAGCUAGAACUGUAUCUAAGACCAGAUGAUUCGAAGGUUUUCACAGUACAAGUGCGGCAAGUGGAGGACUACCCUGUUGACAUUUAUUACCUUAUGGACCUGUCUUACUCUAUGAAGGAUGACUUGGCGAAUAUCCAGACCCUGGGCACUAAACUGGCAGAAAGAAUGCGUAAAGUGACCAGCAAUCUACGUAUUGGUUUUGGAGCUUUUGUUGACAAGCCAAUGUCCCCUUACAUGUUCAUCUCUUCUCCAGAGGUUAUCACCAACCCAUGCAAAGACAUUUCCACUACCUGCUUGCCCACAUUUGGCUAUAAACAUGUUCUAGCCCUCACCGAUGAGGUGGAGAGAUUUAAUCAGGAAGUUGGAAAGCAGAAUGUAUCCCGAAACCGUGAUGCCCCUGAGGGUGGAUUUGAUGCUGUUAUGCAAGCUGCGGUGUGUGAUGAAAGAAUUGGCUGGAGGAACGAAUCUUCUCACCUACUGGUUUUUACCACAGAUGCCAGGACACACAUAGCUUUAGAUGGAAGACUUGCUGGCAUUGUUCAACCCAAUGACGGGCACUGUCAUUUAGGACAAGACAACCAUUACACGCUGUCUACCACCCUGGAUUACCCAUCUAUUGGCCUAAUGACAGAGAAACUCUCAGAGAAAAACAUUAAUCUUGUUUUUGCUGUCACAAACAGUGUACUGGAUCUCUACAGGAAAUACAGUGAACUGAUUCCAGGGGCCACAGUAGGCACAUUGUCUGCAGAUUCCGGCAACGUUAUCCAGCUCAUUGUGGAUUCAUAUGAGAAGAUUCGCUCCAAAAUAGAACUGGAAGUCCGUGAUCUCCCAGAAGAGCUGUCACUCUCAUUUAAUGCUACCUGCACCAACAAUGAAGUCACACCUGGCCUAAAGUCCUGCUCAGGUCUGAAGAUUGGGGACACGGUGAGUUUCUCCAUUGAAGCUAAACUGCGGGGCUGUCCCGAGGAAAGGGUGAAGACAUUCACCAUCAAACCUGUUGGAUUUAAGGACACUCUCACUGUGACCGUACACUUUGAAUGUGACUGUAAAUGUCAGAAGAAUGAUGAACCCAACAGUGUAACAUGUAACAAUGGCAAUGGGACCCUGAGUUGUGGGAUCUGCCAGUGUCACCCUGGAUGGCUGGGACCCCACUGUGAAUGCUCAGAGGAGGACUACAAUCCAACCCAACAAGACAGCUGUACCCAAAGUGAGAAGGGCAGUGUCUGUUCCCGAAGAGGGGAGUGCGUUUGUGGCCAGUGUGUGUGUUACAACAAUGACUUUGGAAAAGUGUGGGGGAAAUACUGUGAAUGCGAUGACUUCUCCUGCCUACGGUUCAAGGGUGAGAUGUGCUCAGGACAUGGACAGUGUAACUGUGGGGAUUGCAUUUGUGACUCUGACUGGACUGGAGACUACUGCAACUGUACCACCCGCACAGACAUGUGUAUGUCCAGCAGUGGGCUCCUGUGCAGCGGACGGGGUCAGUGUGUCUGCGGGAAGUGUGACUGCACCCAGCCUGGUUCAUAUGGAGACACCUGUGAAAAAUGUCCAACUUGUCCAGAUGCUUGCACCUUCAAGAAGGGUUGUGUGGAAUGCAAGAAGUUUGAGCGCGGUCCCUGGUUUGAAGAGGAAAAUUUGUGCAAGAGAAUUUGUCGUGACGAGAUUGUAUCUGUGUUAGAGCUAGUUGACAAUGGGAAGGAUGUUGUAAACUGCACCUAUAAGGACGAGAAUGACUGUGUGGUCAGGUUCCAAUACCACGAGGACUCCAGUGGGAAGUCUGUAUUGUACGUCAUACAUGAAGCAGAAUGUCCUCAGGGUCCUGACAUCCUUGUGGUCCUAAUGUCAGUCAUGGGAGCUAUUUUGCUUGUGGGACUAGUGGCACUGCUUAUUUGGAAGUUGCUUAUUACCAUCCAUGACCGGCGAGAAUUUGCCAAAUUUGAAGAAGAGCGGUCGAAGGCUAAGUGGGACACGGCACACAACCCACUGUACAAAGGCGCUACUUCAACCUUCACCAACAUAACAUAUCGUGGGAACUCGGAGUGAUCUAAGUCACUGAACGAGGACUAUUCCAACACCGGACAAGGGCCACCACUGUGAAGCCUCAAAUGUGGCCCUGCUACUGUGGAGAGUGACACCACCUUGUGCUCCUCAGCACUAGAAAGAAAAUUUUUUAACAAAAUUAGGAUAUACAUUGGGCAAUGGGGCUUUUUUGAAACUGUUACACCCCCGAAUGGACCAGAUUGUGUCCAUAGGUCAGAGUCCUUGGCUAGCUGACACAUUCUGGCUCUGAGCACUGAAACACUGAUAGACAAUUAUUUGCUCUAACCCAAUCAGAAGAUUAAAAUGUCUUUUUUACAGAAAUCCUACUGGUAUCUCAGGAAUGCCAACCCUGCAGCACACUGCAGACCCCUCCCAAACAGGAACAAACUUGCUUUUUUUCCAUCCAUAGGACGAAUGAGGCUCAUACAUUUCAUCAAAAUUGAUCUUUUUGCAAGUAAAUUUUGGGCUCUUUUUUAAGUUUGCAUUGAGAAUUGGAUUUCCUAUAUAUAUGGAACCUCUGGUAACAUUUAAGGUGAUUUCUGUGUAGCUAGUUGUAACAUUCUGCCUAUAUAUGGUGGAAAGACCACUGAGACAUUAGAGAAAGCGAACAAGAGCAAAUAUCCCAAGUCAAUUGGGGAAAAAUUCUUCUGACUACUUACAUAGACUACAGAUGCUCAAUUUUCUUAGUGUUAUAAGGUCUAUAGAUCUACUUUGCCUUCAGGGUUUUCUGUAACAAGCGAUAGCCAUUUUGCUGCAUAUACCAACUUAGCAUAUAGCGUGAGCUGCAGGGCACAUCUUUAGCUGAAAACUGUCUUCAACUUUGGAUGUAAAUCCAUGAUGUGUUAUGAACCAUUGUUUACAUGUCAAUGCUACAUAAAGAGAACCGCUAGUGUGAACUUAGCCUUCGUGAACAUCAUCUUAUGGUCAUUGUCACUGGGAUGACUGAUCCGCCCUGCCACUCAAAAACUCUGUACAAAUUUAUUGCUAUGUAGAUUAAUAGGUUUUAAACAAUGAUAAACUGUGAUCUGUGAAAAGCUGCUCAGGUUUUUCAUGCAUAUAAAGACUCUGUACAUUAUUAUAUGUCAAUACCUCCAGUCCUUACCAAUAGUUUCUAAUAGUGAAUAGAAAGCUGGACUACUGCAUGUUAUUUCCUGUCCUUGACUAUACUGCCAUCUGAUGGACAAUUUAUACAAUUGCAAAUACGUUUUCUUCCAUAUGUACUUCUCAAAAAAUAAAGGGAACACUUAAAGGGGUACUCUGGCGCUAAAACAUCUUAUCCUCUAUCCAAAGGAUAGGGGAUAAGAUGCCUGAUAGUGGGGGUCCCGCCGCUGGGGACCACCGUGAUCUUGCACGAAGUACCCCGCUAAAAUCAGUCCCCGGAGCAUGUUCGCUCCGGGUCUGAUUACUGUCGAUCACGGGGCCGGAGCAUUGUGACGUCACAGCCCCGCCUCCGUGUGCCGUCACGCUCCGCCCCCUCAAUGCAAGCCUAUGGGAGGGGGCGUGACAGCUACCUCCGCCUUUGUGCAAGGAAGAGCAGGAGGAGCACUGCCAGAGCCCUGCAAAAUGACCUCCAGCAGGCCACAAAUGUGCAUGUGUCCACUCAAACGGUCAGAAACGGACUCUAUGAGGGCCCGACAUCCAUAGGUGGGGGUUGAGCUUACAACACUGUGCAGAACGUUUGGCAUUUGCCAGAGAACAUCAAGAUUGGCAAAUUCACCACUGGCGCUCUGUGUUCUUCACAGAUGAAAGCAGGUUCACACUGAGCACAUGUGACAGACGUGACAGAGUCUGGAGACGCCGUGGAGAACGUUCUGCUGCCUGCAACAUCCUCCAGCAUGACCGGUUUGGCGGUGGGUCAGUAAUGGUCUGGGGUGGCAUUUCUUUGGGGGGGGGGGGGUGCACAGCCCUCCAUGUGCUUGCAAGAGGUAUCCUGACUGCCAUUAAGUACUGCAAUGAGAUCCUCAGACCUCUUGUGAGACCAUAUGCUGGUGCGGUUGGCCCUGGGUUCCUCCUAAUGCAAGACAAUGCUAGACCUCAUGUGGCUGGAGUGUGUCAGCAGUUCCUGCAAGAGGAAGGCAUUGAUGCUAUGGACUGGCCCGCCCGUUCCCCAGACCUGAAUCCGAUUGAGCACAUCUGGGACAUCAUGCCUUGCUCCAUCCACCAAUACCACGUUGCACCACAGACUGUCCAGGAGUAGGCGGAUGCUUUAGUCUAGUUCUGGGUGGACAUUCCUCAGGAGACCAUCCGCCACCUCAUCAUGCCCAGGCAUUGUAGGGAGGUCAUACGGGCACGUUGUAGGGAGGCCGCACACACUACUGAGCCUCAUUUUGACUUGUUUUAAGGACAUUACAUAAAGUUGGAUCAGCCUGUAGUGUGGUUUUCCACUGUGAUUUUGAGUGUGACUCCAUAUCCAGACCUCCAUGGGUUGAUAAAUUUGAUUUCCAUUGAUAAUUUUUGCGUGAUUUUGUUGUCAGCACAUUCAACUAUGUAAAGAUGAAAGUAUUUCAUACGAUUAGUUCAUUCAUUCAGAUCUAGGAUGUGUUAUCUUAGAGUUACCUUAAUUUUUUUUGAGCUGUGUAUUUGCAACAGGUUAUGACUUCACAUUAUAUGUGCUGUUAGGAUUUAGGUCUUCUGAAGGUAUAUACAGAGCUAAAGCACAUCAGUAUAUUUAGUCUGCAAUGCAGUGGAUAAGGCUAUAUUAUAUAAAGACGAUUAUAGCAUUGUCAACAGGGCAUCAAUAUAUGAACGGUUAUAGACCCACCCAUGUAAUAGCCCCAGAACUCCCUUUUGAACAAGGGGGUGCAAAUGGAUCACUGUGAUUUUUCUUUUGGACAAUCUGCAAUUCAGAGAUGGAUCACUAGAUACUCUUAAGGCUAUGUUCACAUGGCAGAAUUCUGCAGAAAUAUUCCCAUGAUUUCAAAAAUGUAGCAAAAAUCUACCACUUGUGAAUUUACACUAAGGAAGGUGUCACGCACAGGAUUUUAAUCUCCUGGAGUUUACUUUACAAUGUUUUUGACACUUUUUUUGCUGUGUGUAUAGGGGGGUUCCGCUACCAUAUUUUAUUUUAUGUUAUUGUGCACUGGGAUUUUUGCAUUUUGUUUGGGAGGUUUUAGCAGUUUUAACUUUUUGGGGGCUUAUUUUUUUUUUUUAGCCAUUUUCCAUAGGCUUUUGUGUAUGAAAGAAACAUGCAUGUAAAAAAUGUCAGUGUACAACAAAUGCUUUUAAGACAAGCAUGAAAAUUAUGGCGUUUCUUCAAAAGCCACCCAAAAAAGCAUGUGUCUAUAGUUUAUGUAUAAAAAGCACAGCUAUGAUUACGAACCUUUGAUAUUCGAAACGCAUCAGUGACUUAAUGUUUUUCACUUUAUUCAGAUUUACUACAAUUUUUGUUGCAUAGCUAAUAAACAUGUCUAAAGUGUUGAGCUUUGGAUCUGUUGCUCACAUACAACGCCUUUUGGUUUAUUUUAAUUUUUUUCUUAAAACGGCAUGUUCUGGGUAGGAAGUCUUUUUUAGUGUUUUACUCAUAAGCUUCUCUAUGGGACUUGAAAAACAUCAGAAAUUACACAUGAAAAGAAGAAUCUAGAACUUACACAGGGGCCAUUCCAUGGGUGCAGCUGCAGGCACUGGCAGAAUGGAAUUCCGCAUGGAGAUUCCGCAGCAGCAGAGUCCCAUUGAAUUUAAUGGGAUUCUGCCGCGCUGUGCACAUGGCGGAAUUUCCACGCCAGAUGUUUCCGAUUCCGUUGUUCUCAGAAAGAAUGGACAUGUCCAAUCUUUUUGCAGACAAUGCACAGAAUUGAGACGGUGCAUUCCUGAGCGGUCCUAGUGCCAGCAGUCUGCAGAAUAUCUGUGCGGACAUUCUGACAUGUGAACAUAGCUUUAGGGUAUUUUACCGACAUGCCUUAUCACAAUAUAUAUAUAUAUAUAUAUAUAUAUAAUAGUCCACACGACCAUAUGUUUCCCUGACUUCUCUUGGGCUAGCUACACACAAAUACAUGCAUUAAAGCUCAGUUUACAAUGCACAUGCCAUCAUUGUUGCAUAGUGGGUCAACCACCACCAACUCAACUGCGCAAUUUAUUUUAACACAAAAACAACGGAAAAACACUUAAUGUAGCGGUAAGUGAAAUGCUAUAGAGGAGAAGGAGAUGAGAUUUUCAUACGUUAUCGAGGAAGUUCACGGUACGUGUCUAUAUGCAGUUAUAUUAGGUGACGGUGAUAAUGAAUGGGAGAAAGGUUAAUUUGGCAUGACGGGAAGAGUUGCUAGGUACACAUGCACUCCCGAGCUUCCUCACCUCAUCUUAUCUAAUCUGGUAGCCGGAUCUCACAUACUUGUUUUUAAUCCACUGCAUGGGCUGUUAUAUAUUCAGGCUCACGUGGUGGAGCGUAGCCGCUGUGUGGGGGCUCAGCUAUUCACAUAAUGUGUAAUUCUAAUUUUUAGCUCGCAACCUCUCCGGUAGUAUCUACUAUUGAUAGUCACAACACUUUGCUAAUGUUAUUACAAAAAACACUUCAAGGUAAAAGAAUUAAAAUUUUUCAAAUUGAUUAGGGGGAAGGGGAUCUCUGCAACCCAAUCUGGGACCCCAAAAAUGUUACCAUGUGAUGACACUACUGUGUACAGGAUCUAUAUAAGUCUCAUAAAUAUUAAAGGGUCAUCCACAAUUUAUACAUAUUCAUUGUGCAAUGAAAAGUUCUGCAAAUUUCUGAUAAAGUUGCAGAAUUUCUCAUUAUAUUGAAGAUCUCUGCUUGCUGUCAGUGAACUAGCUAGAGGCUGAAAACCUAUAAAUGGCCUACUCUUCUCAGAUAAGGCUUUAAACCAUGUUCACACUGUGUUUGCAUCAUCUUUUGGAGAUAAAUUAUGGAAAUAUUCUCUGCAUAUACCUCUGAUAUAUGUCCUUACAUAACCAUACACUGGUACACCUACCCCAUAGUCUCCCAUUGUAAGGCUAUGCUUAGACCAGUAGGGGAAGAUUUAUCAAAACCUGUCCAAAGGAAAAUUGCUAACUUGUCCAUAGCAACCAAUCAGAUCGCUUUUGUCAU